GCGGAGCCGACGGCGAUGGGAGCUCGAGCGAGCGCUGAGAAAAUGAGCCGCAUCCCCCUCUCUCGCUCCGAGGUGUUCGGGGAGCUGAGAAAGGAGCUGCACGAGGAUAAAGAGUUCCACCACGACGUUCAUGUCUUCUUCAUCAUGGGAGCGUCGGGGGAUCUGGCCAAGAAGAAAAUCUACCCGACGCUCUGGUGGUUGUUCAGAGACGGCCUCCUCCCCGAGCAGACGUACUUUGUGGGGUUCGCUCGCUCCGACUUGACCAUAGACGCCAUCCGCAGCUCUUGCCUGCCGUACCUGAAGGUGACGGAUAAAGAGACGGAGCGGCUAUCGGCCUUCUUCAACAGGAACUCGUACAUCAGCGGGAAAUAUGCUGAUGAAAGCUCCUUCGCCAAACUCAACGCGCACAUCCUGUCUCUGCCCGGGGGCGCGGAGGCCAACCGCCUCUUCUACCUGGCGCUGCCGCCGACCGUCUACCACGACGUCACCAAAAACAUCUGCCACCACUGCAUGAGCACAAAAGGCUGGAACAGGGUGAUCGUAGAGAAGCCGUUUGGACGCGACCUCCAGAGCUCGGAGGAGCUGUCCACUCACCUCUCCUCCCUCUUCAGCGAGGAGCAGAUCUACCGUAUCGAUCACUACCUGGGCAAAGAAAUGGUGCAGAACCUCAUGGUGCUCAGGUUUGGGAACCGGAUCUUUGGGCCGAUCUGGAACCGGGACAGCGUGGCCUGCGUCGUCCUCACCUUCAAAGAACCGUUCGGCACGCAGGGACGAGGAGGCUACUUCGAUGAUUUCGGCAUCAUCCGAGACGUCAUGCAGAACCACCUGCUGCAGAUGCUCUGCCUGGUUGCUAUGGAGAAACCAGCCUCCACCAGCUCCGAUGAUGUCAGAGAUGAAAAGGUGAAGGUGCUGAAGUGCAUCGCUCCCGCGUCCAUGUCCGACGUGGUGCUGGGUCAGUACGUCGGCGAUCCGGAGGGCGAGGGAGAAGCCAAACUGGGUUACCUCGACGAUCCCACAGUUCCCAAAGGAUCGACCCAGGCCACGUUCGCCAGCGUCGUGCUCUACGUGCACAACGAACGCUGGGACGGUGUUCCGUUCAUCCUUCGCUGUGGAAAGGCUCUGAACGAGAGGAAGGCGGAGGUGCGGUUGCAGUUCACCGACGUCCCGGGAGACAUCUUCGGGAACCAGUGUCACCGGAACGAGCUGGUGGUGCGCGUGCAGCCCAACGAGGCCGUCUACGCCAAGAUGAUGAGCAAGAAACCCGGCGUCUACUUCAGCCCCGAGGAGACGGAGCUGGACCUCACGUACAAGAGCAGAUACAAGGAUGUGAAGCUUCCGGACGCCUACGAGCGUCUCAUCCUCGACGUCUUCUGUGGGAGUCAGAUGCACUUUGUUCGCAGCGAUGAACUACGACAAGCAUGGAGGAUCUUCACGCCUCUCCUUCAUCACAUAGACAAAGAGAAGCCUAAACCGAUUCAGUACAAAUAUGGCAGCCGAGGUCCAGCAGAAGCGGACGACCUUUCAAAGAAAGUUGGAUUUCGCUAUGCAGGCACCUACAAAUGGGUCAACCCUCACCGGCUGUGACCGGAUGACGGAGGAGUUAGACGUAGGGGUUAGGACGGUAGGAGGCGCAGCAGGGUCGGGUCAUGUGAGUGUUUGAGGGUUUUUAAAGGUGUUUCCACCGUGUGGAUCCAUCACAGACAGAAACUAAAUCUCAGGUAUAGCUAAAAUUUUCCAUGAAGACACUUCUUCAGACAUUUAAACAAUAAUUAUGAGUUAAAACGUUCCACACAUUCUCAGCUUUUUGUUCAUUUUUUUCAAUUAUUUAAAUGUGGGACCAAGUGCACAGGAGUGGGAACAAACUGAAUUGUCUGACCUGGCUCCAUGUUUCCACUAAUUAGGUCUUAACUUCGUCAGGAUGGUGAACGGAACUGUAACGAGAACAGAACAGUCAGAACGGCACCGAUACCGAGACACUAACCGGACAGAACGAUUGUCCACCAGCUCGUCACUCAAGCAUUACAUUGUAGUAACCGUAACGCCCUUGACUGCAUUUUUAUUAAUCACGCUUAGAGGAAGUUGCUUUUGACAAACCUGCGUUCCCGUCACGUCGCCCCCUCCCUGGGAUGAAAAGAUAAACUCUGUGGUUUGAUGAAGGGCCUCGCAGGCAGAUCCACACUGGGAGAGUCUUAAGUUUUCCCUUCUGGACGAGGAAAGUAAACUCGCUUUUGUUUUGGUAACUUCCCUCUGAAGUCUUAUUCCCCUUCCUUAUAUUUUUCAGGUUUAUUUAAAUUACUGGUCACUGUCCAGACGGACGUCAACACAGGUCAACGCUGAAUGUCUUCGUAACGUGGUACCGCUCACUGCUGCUAACCGCAGGCUCAUGUAAAAGCUGGCUCCAUUAACACAAGUCGUAAUAAUAAACACUAUUCCUUCUG